UGGCAGCAUGGAAAAGGACUCGGUUGCAAAGAUGGCCGAAGUUUUGACGGAUACUGGCUCAUCCAGCCAGCCAUAUACACCUUGUUAGGAAAAGCAAGUCGUCGACUUGUGUCCGAUUCUAAAAUAGACCGCUCCCCACCAUGUUAUUAGGCCUAGUUAUCCCUCAGUCAAGACGCGUAUGGAGUGUAGGAUAGUUUAGAAUUAUGUCUUUGGAGACCCGUUCGAAUUCGGCCCUGUUUAAAAGGGCUGAACAACUGAAAAGAUGGGAAGAAUCCGAAACGAACCGUGAGCCCCUCGUCGUCAACGGUAGGGAGAGGAAGAUCAAAUUUUCCGCGGGUUGUGUGUUUUUGGCCGCUUGUAAAGCUGGUGACAAGGAGGAGAUACAGCGUUUGUUGAAAAAAGGAGCAGACAUCCACACGAGCGAUGUUGACGGAUUAACCGCAUUACACCAGGCUUGUAUCGACGAUAACUUAGACCUGGUUGAGUUCCUAGUAGAAAAUGGGGCAGAUGUUAAUAAGGGCGAUAAUGAAGGUUGGACGCCCCUUCAUGCGACAGCUUCCUGCGGAUUUCUUAGUAUAGCAAAGUACCUGAUUGAGAACGGGGCGAAUGUUGCUGCAGUCAACAAUGACGGCGAACUUCCGAUGGAUGUCGCCGAAUCGGACGCGAUGGAAGACAUGCUCCAGCAACAAAUCGAAGAAAGAGGAAUUGAUGCCGAAAGUGCUAGAACUGAGGAAGAAAGGUUGAUGAUGACUGAUGCCAAAAAUUGGCUGAGCAGUGGCUACAUCCAAGAUAAAACUCACCCAAAAACCGGAGCAACUGCCCUUCAUGUCGCAGCCGCUAAGGGUUACUUAAAAGUUAUGGACAUUCUCAUAAAAGCGGGUGCAGAUAUAGAUGCAAAGGAUCUUGACGGUUGGACACCCCUUCACGCCGCUUCACACUGGGGGCAGAGGGAAGCUUGUGAAAUCUUAGUAGAAAAUUUUUGUGACAUGAACAUCAAAAAUUGUGUUGGACAAACUCCUUUUGAUGUUGCUGAUAAUGACGUAGUCAAAGUAUUAGAGGACCUUAGGAAAAAGCAAGCAUCUCUGCCUAAAGAAAAUAUUAUAAAUAGGAGGAAAAAUAUACAAAGAAAACCUCCUCAACCACCAGAAGAGAACAUUAUCACAGGGAUAGAAAACAAAAAAGAGACAAAGUUGGUAGAGCCUGUUAAACCUAAAGUUCCUGAAGUCCAGCAGGUUGAACUUAAAAUACAGCCUGAACCGACACACAACCAAAGUAACAUUGAUACGGAUGAUGACAUUGACUCACUCAGUACUGAAACAUCGGAUACGGCGAGUUCCGAUGUUUCAGGAGAAAGUGAAGUCAGUGAUGAGGAAAAAGACUUAGAAAAGAAAAAUAAAGCGAAUAAAGAAGAUACACGGUUACCAGUCAUGCCUGAGGUCAAACAAACAGUUCCUAAUACCCCUGCCCCCACUACCCCACCAAAGCAGGUGACAACAAACGAGGGAGACGAAAGUGGCCUCACGUCUUGGAGGAGGUCUGGUUCCCUCAGAAGCAGGAUCGCCGAAACGCCUAAGGCUAAUCUGACUUUAAAAAUUGCUGAGAAGGAGAGCCCGGCCAAAGUAACUCAACCAGUUCUUCCUUCCAAGACUGAAUCAUCUCUUGAAGUCGGGCUUCGGAGGACUCAGAGUUUUGAAGGAGAUGAAAAGUUCUACCGGAGGUACCUGGAGUUAAGGGCAAAAAUAAAUGCUGGUAACUCAUGUCCUACUCUACACGCAACGCCGAUGAGGUCAGCAUCGCUGAAGGAAAAACAUUUCGCAAGGAGAAAUCAGGCCAGGGAAGAGACGCGAUUAUCAGGUCUGGCUUCAGCAUCGCCAAACACGACAGCAGGGACGACAGUAAUCAAUACAAGUCCUACAACGACCAGCCCGCAAAACAACCAAGUCCGAAGUUCGGCCCCUGUAACUCCUUCCACUCCCACUACUCCUGGAGGAAGUAAACUAUCUCCUGCGAAUAUCUUCAAGAACUUCUUCAAAUCGUUCGUUCCUCCUGUUCGAGAUGAAGAGUCCGAGACUCAGAGGAAAGCGCAUGCAAAGAGGGUUAGGGAGACUAGGAGGUCAACGCAGGGUGUGACAUUAGAAGAAAUAAAAUCUGCCGAGCAGUUGGUUAAAAAGAAACAGCAGCAACAGAUGCAACAGUCCAACCAGCUUAACAACUCGGAGCCAGGUGAUGAGGUAGUUGUCAAUGUACACAGUACAGUACCCGCAAUACCGGAUUCCGUAGUAAACGCAACAAAAGGAGAAGAAGAUAAGCCCUAUUCGCUCGCAGAAAGAAGGCCCUCGUGGAGGCUCAAAGUUGACAAUGGGAGCAAGUUUAUGCUGGAAGACGCGCGUAAAAAUGAAAAUUUGGGAGACGUGGUCGUGAGAAAGACCGCCGUCGUCACGCCUGUCACAGAAACAGGAGACACGACCGUUACAUUACCCCUUAGGAAGAAAACCGACGAUAAAGAGUCUCAAGAAAAUGACAGCCGUACUGCUCAAGCUACUCAAGCUGCGAUCCAGAGGCGGAGGAGACCUAAAAGGAGAUCGACAGGAGUCGUUCAUGUCGACAUGGAUGAAAUUGAUCCUGACCGACAAGGCGAAGGUGGAACUGGAGGGGGCGGUGAUACCGAUGAUAGUCUAAGUCUUAAUAAUUCAGAGAGUGGAGGCGAACAGUCAGAGGCUUCUUCUCGUCUGAAUUCACUCUCAAGAGAGGAAGAAAAUAAAAGUGAAGCUACUGAAAAUGGUGAAAUUGAUUAUAAGAAAUUGUAUGAGCAGUCUCUUAUUGUAAAUGAUCGCCUUCGGGAAAAACUAAGAACAACUGAAGAAGAAUUGAACGGAAUGAAAGCCGAAGCAGAAAAGAAUGCUGCUAUGAUCAGAAAUUCUUUGUCAGAAUCGGAGAAACGGGAAAGAAGAGCUAUGGAGAGAAAACUUUCCGAAAUGGAAGAAGAACUCAAGCAAUUACAAAAACUGAAAUCUGAUAAUGAAAGGCUGCGUGCUGAGAAUCGAGCCUUGACUCGAGUAGUAUCAAAACUCACUGCCUCUCACACAAAAUAGCAACUUGAACAGCUUAAAUGCGAAAACCAGCGGCUGAAGGACGAAAAUGGAGCAUUGAUUCGAGUGAUAAGUAAACUGUCGAAAUGACUACUAAUCGGUCAUAGUGAUCGUCUGACAUCAGCGAAGGCUUUUAUCAUUAAGUUAUACAAUGUUUUCAAAUUGCUGACGUCAAUUAUCAUUUUUCUAAUAAUGUUGUACAAUAUUUAAUACCAACGAAUUUUUAAUGUUAUCGCAGUGGUAAUAAUUCAUAUUCUGUAGUCGGAAGCGUAAACUAACAUAAAUUAAGGAUAGGUCUUUCUAUUAGAGGAUCGUCUUCUGUACUUAUUAGAUUUGUACAGUUAAUUUUUUUCUUCUUCUUUCAAACCCGAUGAUAUUGUAAAAUUACAUCAAAUAUGUAUAAAACUAUUUAUUUUGUUGUUGAAAUUUUUAAUUGCAUUUUAGUGAUUUUUUUUUGUCUCAAUUAGGCUGUGUCCUUGUUACAUUUCAAAAUCGUUUGCCUCAACUGAAAUUGCAAACACAACCUUUCAGGGCAUUUCACUUUUUAUGUUCACAUCGUGGAUUUAAUCUAUUCAAUUAUUUAAUAAUUUUCAUUUGUGUGUAUUAUUUGUCAAAAGCAAUAUAUUUAUAAACAACAGGGGGGUUUUUGGGGUUGAAACAUCUACUUGACAAUUUUUCUUGUAAUAAUUGAUAUUUUUACACAAUAAAUUUCAUUCCUAUUUGGAAAUAAAAAUAUUUAUAAACAAAAAUGUAUAACUUUUUUUUUAAAGAAAAAAAGCUUAAUAUAACACAAAUCAUUGUAAAAUAUGUAAAUAGGUCAAAAUUUCAAGAAACUGAUAUUUGUCAUUAUAUACCAAUAAAUUUUAUUAUGAAUUAUUGCCAACGAUUUUAUUCGGCGAAUGUCUUUCUUUGUCUUCUCUUGUGUCAUUCUUCGAGUACACAAAAUGUAAAUAGAAUUCGGUUUUUAUUUAUUGCUUUUAAUUUUACUUGCGGUCACUAAAUCAUGAAGCAAAGAACAACGUGACUAAAGGGUAAAAUUUUGCACUGUUAGUUGUAAUUAACACUCAUAUCUACGAUUAAGUCCAAAGUUAUCUUUCUUUAUAAUUUCUGCCUGUAUUUUUCCUUGAUAUACUUUUUUCUAGUCCUUAGGAUUUUUUUUACCAUUGUUGUCUUUUUAAUUAUACUAGUUUUUACUCAUUACUACAGAAAAUUCGCUUUUUCUUUUUUUUUCUGGGCUAUAAAAGGUGAAAAUGUACACAUAGUUCUUUAUAAAUAAAUAUAAAAAAUGUAAAAAAGUAAUAAUAAUAAUAAAACACGGUGCAAUAUUUUUAUCGCUUGUUCCAUAUUAUACAAUAAUAAUUAUCAUAAUUUUUAUUUCAGCACUUGUUGAAAAUAACACAGGAUUUUGUAAUAUACAAGAAAAAAAUUGUUUGCUUUAUUAGACAAAAUGUAAAUUUUAAAAUAUCCAAAAAUCAAUCUUGUAAUUCUAUUUUUUAUAUUUAAUUAGAUGAUAAAGAUAGGAAAUACGUGCCUUUUGCUUCACCCUGUUAGAUCCUCCAUAAUUACUUUUAUUAUUUUUAAGUGAUUAAACAUAUAAUGUGGAACUGGACAGAUUGUAAGACAUAUUGAAAUUUUUUUAUUGGCCAUGUGCCUUUAAAAAUCAUGAAAUUCCUUCUCCCCUUUACCUGUACUCAUAAAAAAACAAAAACUGAUUGUAUUGUUGGCUUUAUAAAUUAAUUGAAUUAAAAAA